UGACCCACUAAAUUAAUGGUCCCUGAUCCAGACUUGAUCGGAUUCAUGACUCGUCUUGUAGUUCAGUUGUGUGUUGUGUGUUGCGUGUGCCUGACCAUGACACCAGCCACGGGUACGCCAAGUUCCGAACCCACAACCUCCUCCUCUUCAAAAUCUACAAUGGAGACCCCCAUGUUUCCUCCCCCCCAACAACCUACUUCUUCAGAACCCCAAAACGAACCUCCCGUUGAAGAAUCCCAAUCAAAACCCCUCAACUCCCAAGUUGCGAAAACUGGUGAACCCGGUGGCAAGCAGAGUUGCAAUGAGUCCCGUCAACAUGUCGUUCCGUACACGAUUCCCCCUUGGAGUGAACCUCCCGGCCACAAUUUCUACUUUGAAGUUCUAAAGGAAGGUUCUAUGACAAAUCAAGUCCAUGUAUACGAGAAAGGAGCUUAUAUAUUUGGGAGUGUGGACCUCUGUGACUUUGUACUUGAGCAUCCCACCGUUUCUCGCUUUCACGCAGUUCUCCAGUUCAAAAGAAGUGGAGAAGCUUAUAUUUAUGAUCUUGCUAGUACUCAUGGUACUUUCAUCAACAAUAAUCAGGUGAACGAAAAGAGCUAUGUGGAUUUACAUGUUGGUGAUGUCCUUCGAUUUGGACAGUCAUCUACUUUGUACAUUUUCCGAGGACCACCAAAUUUAAUGCCAACAGAGGCUGACUUGGAGAGGAUUAGAAAUAUUAUGAGCCCAGAAGAGGUGCUAGAUCGGGAAGCUUCACUUCAACGAGUAAGACGUGAAGCAUCUGUUGGUGAUGGUGUCUCAUGGAGCAUAGGAGAAGAUGCUACUAAAGAGGCUAAGGAGAACACAGAUGAAGAAACUUGGCAGACAUACAAAGGACAACUAACACAGAAGCAACCAAAAACCCGUGAAAAGGAUAUAAUGGAGGAGAAGGAGAAUUGUAAUCAACAAUUGAAUCGGGACGAUUUGGCUGAGUCGCUCAACGAUCUUUUCACUAGUGUGUUUGCCAUGGUCAAAUCAGAGGUUCAGGGCUCAAACAACAAUUUAGAGCUAUUGGAAAAGAUGAAUCUCCGAAUAGCAGAGGAAUACAAUGGCUAUGGAGACGUGGCUUCGGGACUUAGGGUUUUCGUAGAGCAACUGAAGUCCAAAAGCUCUAGUUUCGAUGAAUAUGCGCGGCAAAUAGACACCAUUGAGCAACAAGUGAUUGAGUUUGAGGCUGUAAUCUCUAUGCUUGACAGAUAUGUAUCUAUGUUGGAGUCUAAACUUCUAUCUGCUACUUCUCAUACUAAUCCAUCCCUUUAAUUUGACUCCAAAAAAUCUUUUACACUCUGUUUGAAAUAGGAGGAAUGAGUAUUCCCUUUUUUCUUUUUCUAAUCUUUUGUAGGAGUUUGGCAUUGCAUUUAAUUACAAUUUUUCUUUCCUUACCA